AUGGACGCCAGGACGCCCCGGCACCAAAGGCUGCUCCGCACCCCGCGCGGCCCACCGACGCCCCAUCAUCCCCGCCACCACCCCGGCACGCCCGGCCAAAACCCUAUCCGCUACGUCCCAGCCGCCGCCCCGAUCUCCCCGCGCUCCGCCGCCGCCGCGGCCGCCGCCGCCAUGGAGGACGACGCCAUCACCACGCUCAUGGACAUCGACGACUCCCCCCGCAGCGCCGCCGGCGCCGGCUUCCUCGACGAUGACGACGAGGGGGACCUCCUCCACUCCCACCGCAUGGGCGGCCGCGGGAACGAGGCGCGCGGCCCCCUCCCCUUCGCCGGCUUCUUCAACACCUUCGACGGCGCCGACUUCGACGACUCCGAUCUGGCCUGA